UAUAUAAUCACUUAAAAUCGUCCGUAUGCCCACUAAAACAGACAAUAAUUACUAAAACCAUGACUUCAAAUAAAAUUUUUAAAACAUACCUUCUUAUUUUCUUUCUUUUCAUUUCCCUUUCUUAUCAUGUUGAUGCAAAAUGCGAAGAAAUCACUAAUGGUUUGAGGACGGAUGGAAACUGGAAUGAUAAUGAUAACUUCUACUCAUUUAGUGGCGGAAAUAUAACUUUUACACUGACUGAUAUGCCUUGUGGAGCAUCAACUCUUUUGAUUCAAGUGGUAUCCCAAAGUGGAGGAGGCAACUUUAACGUGCGCACCUUUACAAAUAAUGAUCUGAACGUCGUAAAAAACAUCGGUGUUAACGUUAUUGCUGAUAAACAACGUCUAUUUCGUAUACAAGCUAAGGUUGAUGACUUUGUAAACAUUAAUUGCCCUAACCCCAGUUUCAGUGGAGAACUUUGCUAUUCUAAAUAUGUUGAGCCUCCUGAUUGUAAAAAAGAAAGAGAUAUAGCAAUUGGUGUGCCAAUUGCAACCGCGAUAAUUGGAGUAAUAGGUGGUAUAUUAGGAGUAUUAAUUAAACAAUACUUUGAUAGCAGAAAUAGUCCAUCCACACCUUGAUAUAAUCUAAAUAUUUUGCAAUUAAUUAGACUAAAAUAUUUGUUCUUUAUACUUAUUUUACUUUAUUCUUUUCAAUUUACUAUAUAGCGAUAAUUUACUUUACCUUUUCAAUUUACUAUGUAACAAUAACCAUUUAUUCUUUUCGGUUCCAUUUAUUCUUUUCGGUUUCAUGUAUAACCAUAUUUGUUUUUAUCAGUAAUUAGUUAUUAUUAUUUAAGUUCUAUAGUAGAGUUUGUUGGGGUCUCAUUUAAUCUGGGCAUCCGGAUAAACGGUUAAUUUAUCCGAAUAUCUGAGUAAUUGGUAUUUUUUUAAAAUUUGAUUGAUUUAAUUCUGAUUGAUAGAAUAUUAAAAUUAUAUCACUAUGACAUUGCUAAAUAUGGCUUAAUUUUUUUGCAUGCUAUUAAUAAAAUAUUAAAGUUUUUUCAAUAUGACAAUUAAAAUUAAUUAAUUAUUCAUAUAGUUAU